GGGGGGCGGGAGAGGGGAACAGUACAAUUGCAUAGAGGAGAAGUGGGGUGGCGCCUGGGUGACGGAGACAAGCGCGGAGAGAACGGGCAAGCGCGGGGUCCGGGCAGGGGUCGGCUGGCCCACCUGCUCCGCGGACCUGACUCGCUGACGGAUGCUCGUCUUUGCCCCCACGCCCACCCCUCUCCUGCAUUAGCCAGCCAGACGCGCCUCCCCCCACCACCCCGUUUCGGAGCAUCUGGGCGGGGCCUCCCUCGGCCCCUUCCUCUGGGAGCGAAGGGCAGGCAGGGGAAGUGGGGAGGGGGGGCGGUGCAGGGCCAGACUGCAGCAGAAAGGAUCCGGGGCUCCAUUCUAGGCCCCAUCCUUUUUCAAGCCCCCGCACCUCCACGGAGAUCCAGAGCGCAGCCGCAUUCUCUGACCCUCCCCGCCCCAGUCCCGGGGGGCUUCCUUCGGCUCCACCUGCAAACACUGCAGUGGAAAUUAAGGAUCAGUCGAUGGACAUUUGCGUCUCAUUCAAAUAUUGUCCAAAGCGGCCGGCGCCUUUCAUGCGUGCUGCAGCUGUCCGUCACCUCGGUGUCCUUCUGGAGGCCCACGUCCUCUCUGGCUGGGGAUCACGCUCCCUGUCUUCCAGGUCUGUAGCUGCGGUUGCCAGGUAGGCGGGUGUGAGAGGCCCGAUCCUCCUGAUUCUCGAGGCCGCCCCGUCGCCGCCUGCACAAUGCUGUCCCCUCAGAGGGCUUUACUCUGCAACCUCAACCACAUCCACCUCCAGCAUGUCUCCCUGGGCCUGCACCUGUCCCGCCGCCCUGAGCUCCGGGAGGGGCCCUUGAGCACAUCCCCUCCCCCCGGGGACACCGGGGGCAAGGAGAGCCGGGGGCCCUGCAGCGGGGCCCUGGUGGACGCCAAUUCCAACAGCCCAGCUCUGCCCUGCCGAUGCUGCCAGGAGCACGGGCCAGGCUUAGAAAACCGGCAGGACCUAGCACAGGAGGAAGAGGGGGCCGCCUCUCCCUCGGACCCGGGCUGCUCCUCUUCUCUCAGCUCCUGCUCCGAUCUUAGUCCCGACGAGUCCCCCAUCUCGGUGUACUCGCGGGGCCUCCCUGGCGACGAGGAUGUCCACCCUCAGCCCAGCAUCAUCCCCCUGGAGCAGGGAUCCCCACUGGCUUCCGCAGGCCCUGGCGCCUGCUCUCCGGACAGCUUCUGUUGCUCGCCCGAUUCCUGCUCCGGAGCAUCCCCCCCACCGGGCCCUGGUCUGGACUCCAACUGCAACGCCCUGACCACCUGCCAGGACCCCGUUUCCCCAGGGCUAGAGGAAGAGGACAACGGUGGGGAGCAGGACCUCCCUGCCUCCGAGCUCCCAGAGGCGGAUGAUGGGAAAGCCGACGCUGGGAAAACCGAGCCCAGUUGGAAAAUCAACCCCAUUUGGAAAAUCGACAGGGAGACAACUGACGCGGGCUGGAAAACCAGGGAGAACAAUAACUCCGGCUGCACAAUCAGUGGGAAUACUAACUCUAGCUGGAAAACGGAACCUGGAAAACUCGACUCCAGUUGGAAAAGUAGCACAGGAAUAACUGAUUGCAGCUCGAAAACAGAUGCGGGGAAAACUGAUGCGGGGUGGCGGAGUGACGUCAGCGAGGAGCCGGCGUCCCACCGGACAAUCACGUCCUUCCACGAGCUGGCCCAGAAGCGCAAGCGGGGCCCGGGGCUGCCCCUGGUGCCGCAGGUCAAGAAAGACCGCAGCGACUGGCUCAUCGUCUUCUCGCCCGACAGCGAGCUGCCCCCCAGCGGCUCGCUGGGCGGCUCCCCGGCGCCGCCCCGGGAAGUCACCACCUUCAAGGAGCUCCGCUCCCGGAGCCGGGCCCCGCCCCCGCCGGUGCCGCCGCGGGACCCUCCGGCCGGCUGGGCCUUGGUGCCGCCCCGGCCCCCGCCCCCGCCCGUGCCGCCGCGGAGGAGGAAGAACCGGCCGGGGCUGCAGCCCAUCGCCGAGCGGCCACCCGAGGAGGGCAGGGCGGGCAGCCCCGCGGCCGGCCAGAAGGCCCCCGCCGCCCGGAAGCCCGAGGAGUCGGGCGCACACGCUGCAGCCGGCCUCCCCCCGCCGCCCGCGCCCCCCGCCCCGCGGUCCGCGGCCGCCGCGCGCCCCCUGCUGGAGGGCGCGGGCGCGGUGGGGACCCCGCUCCCGGCGCGUCCGGCCAGCCCGCCCCGCGCGGGGCUGCGGCAGCUGGGCGCGCCGAGGCCCCCGCAGAAGCAGCUGCUGCCCGUCCGCCUGUCCCCGGUGGGCGCCCACUCGCCCCCGGCUCGGGGGGCCCUGCCCUGCCUGGCCAGCCCCGAGCUGGCACUGCUGCUGUCCCCGCUCUUUCCCAGAAGCAGCACCUUCCCCGCCGCGGUCCCCCCGCCCCGCCAGGUGCCCGUCCCCCCGCUGCCACCGCCGCCGCGCCCGCCGAAGGCCCCCCGCCGGACCAGGAGCCCGCCGCCUCCGCCCAGGCUACCCCGGAGUUCCUGGUCGUUCGCCGGCGCCCCCGGGGCCCAGCGACGGUGGAUGGCAGAAGCCCAGAGCGGGACUGGCCAGCUGCAGGAGCAGAAGAAAGGGCUCCUGAUAGCCGUGAGCGCCUCGGUGGAUAAGAUCAUCUCGCACUUUGGGGCUGCCCGGAACUUGGUUCAGAAGGCGCAGUUGGGGGAUAGCCGGCUGAGCCCAGAUGUGGGGCACCUGGUGCUGACCACCCUCUGUCCGGCCUUGCACGCCCUGGUGGCCGACGGGCUGAAGCCCUUCCGGAAGGAUCUCAUCACUGGGCAGCGCAGGACCAGCCCCUGGAGCGUGGUGGAGGCGUCGGUGAAGCCAGGCGCCAGCAGCCGCGCGCUGGGGACCCUGUACGGCCAGGUCAGCCGCCUGGCCCCGCUGAGCAGCAGUCGCAGCCGUUUCCACGCCUUCAUCCUGGGCCUCCUCAACACGAAGCAGUUGGAGCUGUGGUUCUCCAGCCUCCAGGAGGAUGCAGGCCUGCUGUCGCUCCUGUACCUGCCCACGGGAUUCCUGUCCUUGGCUCGGGGUGGCUGCCCGGCCCUGUCCGCGGAGCUGUUGCUCCUGCUGCAGCCGCUGUCAGUGCUCACCUUCCACCUGGACCUGCUCUUUGAGCACCACCACCACCUGCCCCUGGGCCCGCCCCCCGCUGCUUCAGCCCCGGGCUCGCCCCCCGCCCUGCGGCAGACGGUGCACGCCGUGCUGCACUGGGGGGGGCGGCUGGCCCAGAGCCUUCGGGGGGCUUCCGGGGAGACGCCUCCGGGCCCUUCGGCUCCUGCCGGCGCCCCCACACCAGGCAGCUGGUGGGAGCAGCUGACCCAGGCCUCCCGGGUCUAUGCCUCCGGGGGCACCGAGGGCUUCCCUCUUCCCCGGUGGAGGUCGUGGGGUCCUGGGACGGCGGCUGGAGGCCCACGGGAGAGGCCCGUGCCGGCAGAGGACACCGCGCCGGGCCGAGGCGUGUGGCUGGGGAGGCUGUUUGGAGUGCCCGGGGGCCUCACGGAAACUGACGGAGGAACCGGGAAGUCCAGGAGACCGUCCAGCUGGCUGCCCCCAACAGUGAGUGUGUUGGCUCUGGUGAAGCGGGGGGCCCCUCCCGAGCCUCUCUCGCCUCCUGAGGAGCUUGAGGCCUCCGUCGCCAGCGUGGUGCAGACCCACAGGGCCGUCCGCGCGCUCUGUGACCACACCGCGGUGGGACCCGACCAGCUCAGCUUCAGGCGCGGGGAGGUGCUGCGAGUGGUCGCCACCGUGGACGAGGACUGGCUCCGCUGUGGGCGGGAUGGCGCGGAGGGGCUGGUGCCCGUGGGGUACACCUCUCUGGUCCUCUAGGCCGAGCCCCUGUCCCGUCCGUGUCUCCCUCCUGCGCCCUGGGAAUGGAACGGCCCCGGGGCCACGGACCUGUGCACGCCGAUGGCCGCAGAAGCGUCUGCCCCGCCACAAAAUGACUCUUUCCCCUCCCCAUGGCCAUGUCUGCGAAUGGGAAACCAACUUUCCUUCUUCCCUCUCGUGCCAUCUGUAAGGUGAAAUCUGCUCUUUUUUGAAAUGUGAAAAGGAGUUUCCCUCCAUCUCUCUCCUCUUCCCUACCUGCGCAAGGAAACGUCUCCCUUCCCAUCUGCACAGCGGAAUCCGCGCCCCUCUGCCUCCUUCCUCUGUGAGUGGACUGUGCCAGUGCUGCGUGCGCCUCGGGUCCCGAGCCUGGAAGGGCCUCGAGUGUCCUUCCUGCGUAUGGACUCCCCCGACCCGCGCGCCACCCACGUUGCCUGUAUUUAUUAUGUACUCAAGCUGUGCCGGGUGCUCAAGUCCGGACCCCCCUGGUGGGUGGGUCUGUGGUGUUGGUCUGCCCGCCCCCUCCUUUGUCCCAAUAAAGUGUGGGAGCAGAA